UGAUCCGUUUUCAUCCUGUCACUUUUGAGGCUUGAUAGAUUAUGCCAAAAGUGAUUAUGUAAUUUUUACUCCUGAACGUUAUAGUGAGGACGAGAAAUGGUGAGUCAAACACCAAAAAGAGCUCAGGUUGUAAUAACAAGGUUUAAUUCAAAGCAGGCCUUUUGUACAUUGCAGCUUAAACAAAGAGGCCCCUUCUUUGGGGGAAAAGUCCCUCCCCCCAAGAAAAGCCGAUCUAUAAUCGUUCCAUGCAAGCUGUUCUGGAAUUUGGAAUUCACUUAUCCAGAGUCCAAGAUGUUUCACACUUAGAAAAUAAGGACCUCAUAGGACCAAGUUCAGCAGGUUUAAGAUGACAUCCAGGGGAAAUGCCACAGCAUAUCUUCUCUUGUUAUUUGCUGCAUUUCUUUUGUGGAGACCUGGCCAUGGAGGAAGGAUUUUGGCCUUUCCUUUAGAGGGAAGCCACUGGGUGAAUAUGGAAAUUAUGGUUCAAGCUCUCCACUCUAAAGGACACUCUAUUGAUGUAGUUAAAACCAACAAAAGCUGGUAUAUCAAGGAUGACUCUCCGAGCUACAAAAGCAUCACAGUCCCAGUUGCAAGAGCCUUCAAUCAUGAUUUCAUCAACCCAAUCCUGAGGAAGAUUUUUGAAUUAGAGAGAGGAAAGAGCUCCAUCAUAAGCUUCAUUAGUUUGCAGUUUGAAAUGUUUAAUGCUAUGUCCGACAUGCAUGGAAUGAUGUGCAAGAUGGCUAGCAGUAUGUUGGAAGAUAAAAGGUUUAUGAAUAGUUUAAAGGCAAGGAAGUAUGACCUGGUACUGACUGAUCCUGCAUGGGGAGCAGGUAUAAUACUAGCUCAUGCUCUCAAACUGCCUCUAGUCUAUAAUGUAAGAUGGGUUACCAGUGGGGAGGGCCACUUAGCUCUUGCACCUUCUCCUUUAUCUUAUAUCCCAAUGACUGGCUCAGGACUGACAGACAAAAUGACUUUCAUACAGAGAGUCAAAAAUCUCCUUUUCUAUGCUAUCUGGGAAUUUCAGGACACCUUUUUGAUCAGUCCCCAGUAUCAGGCCGUCUGUGAUAAACUAUUUGGCCCAGAAGUUAGACACAAAGACUUGUUACGAGGAGCAGACCUGUGGCUCAUGAGAGUGGACUUUGUUUUUGAGUUUCCUCGCCCCACCAUGCCAAACGUUAUCUACAUUGGCGGCUUUCAAUGUGAACCCCCUAAGCCUCUUCCUGAGAACUUGGAGGAGUUUGUACGGAGCUCUGGAGAGCAUGGAGUCAUCAUCAUGUCUCUUGGAACCUUUGUAAGUGAACUUCCUUUAGAAGUGACUAACAAGAUCGCUGAAGCCUUUGCUCAGUUACCCCAGAAAGUCAUCUGGAGGUAUAAUGGUAUCAAACCUGCCACUUUGGGAAAAAACACUUUACUGCUUGACUGGAUGCCUCAAAAAGAUCUUUUAGGUCAUCCAAAGGUGAAAGUAUUUGUCGCUCAUGGAGGAACAAAUGGAGUCCAAGAGGCCAUUUAUCAUGGAGUACCAGUAGUGGGGUUACCCGUGUUUUAUGACCAGUACGACAAUUUGGUCCGUCUACAAGAGAGAGGAGCGGCUAAGAUCAUUACGUUAGCCACUGUGGACAAAGAGGACACAUUCCUGAAAGCUGUAAAAGAAGUUCUGACUGAUCCCUCUUACAGGAUGAAUAUGCAGAGACUCUCCAGACUGCACAGGGAUCAACCAAUGAAGCCCAUCGAUACUGCCCUCUUCUGGAUAGAGUUUGUAAUGAGACACAAAGGCGCUGCUCACCUGAAAACUGAGUCCUACAAACUACCUUGGUAUUCCUAUUACUCUGUAGAUGUUGUCCUUUUCUUACUGUUUGCUGUUGCAUUGAUUAUGUUUUUAAUAGCUAGGGCUUUCAGGUUGAUCUUUCCUCCAAAAUGCAGGAAAGAGAAAACAAAUAAAAGGAAGAAAACAUGACAUGUUUCAGCUUUGGCCAAUGAAUUAUAUAUAUCUGCACAGUGGAUUUUGGUUUUGUCCAGUUUCUACAUUAUUUUAAAUAGCUACACUCUUUUAAAUUGACCAUGUAAUAACUGAAUGUUUAUAUAUUUCAAAAAUAUCUCUUGUUUUUGUUUUAUUAAGUAAUUAUGUAAGCUACAGCUACAUUUCAUUACAUAAAUCAUGUUGGAAUCUUAAUACCCUCUCAAUAUCAGUGGCGUGUUUUAUAGGCUUUUUGUGGGGUUUGUCCACAUCAGGUUUUGUACAUUUUAUAUUAUUGCAGUUAAAUAGCGACACCGACUGUUUAGUCUUAAAACAAAAACCACCGCAGUAAAAAUUAGAUGCAAAAGUAUUCAUACUACUUUACUUUACAUUCUGUCAUGAAACAUCUUCAAACUGCUAUGUAAUUUAACAGAGUUGUAUGCAGUACAAUGAGGAUUGUUUAUAAGUAAGCUGAAAUAAAAAAAAAAAUAGAAUUAACUGAUUUUUUUUUUUCAGAAAUAUAAAUCUCAUAAGUGUGGCAUGCCUUUUUGUUUUUACAUCCUUACUCUGAUCAUUAAAAAUAAAAAAACAGUACAUCCAACUUUUUUUCUGUAGUCAUUUUCAGUAAAUAUAUUCCAAAUGUGUGUAAUAUAACUUUUGGUCUCCAACACAGGUCCAGAAGACGUUCACAGGAGAUUUAUGUUACAUACAGUAGGCCAGGUUUCUAGUCUAAUCCAACGACCGAUCCAUCAUCCUAAAAUGGA